UUUUUUGGGGGUGGGGGGGAUAAAAUCCGGAGUUUUCCGGCAAGGACUGACAGCGAUCCCGGCCUCUGGAACUUUGGGGAUUAUUUUGUUUUGGUUUUGGGGGGAUUUGUUGGGAAAGAAAAGCAAGGAGGAGGAAAAAAGGGAUCGGAGAGCGCCGAGGACGCCCCGGAGCCGCGAUCGGGCACGGCCGAGGAGGAAAACCAUCCAGGAUCAUUCCAGGGGGGUCGGUGCUGACGAAUCCAAGAAUUUUUCCCAAUUUUUGUACAAUUCACCUCCCAAAUUCAGGGAAAAAGGAGACAUUUUAAGGAAAACUCCCUAAAAAAAAAAGCAGGAUCACGGCACCAGGUGCCCAUGGCGGGCCGGAAGCGCGGCGCGGGCGCUGGCGGUGCUGCCGGCAGCGCGGGCGCGGUGCCGUGGCCCGAGGAGCCGGGCGAGCGCGAGCAGGGGCUGUACUCGCUGCACCGCAUGUUCGACAUCGUGGGCGCGCAGCUGACGCACCGCGACGUGCGCGUGCUCUCCUUCCUCUUCGUGGACGUGCUGGACGAGGCCGAGCGCGGCCGCAUCCGCUCGGGCCGCGACUUCCUGCUGGCCCUGGAGCGCCAGGGCCGCUGCGACGAGAGCAACCUGCGGCAGCUGCUGCAGCUGCUGCGCAUCAUCACCCGCCACGACCUGCUGCCCUACGUCAGCCUCAAGAGGCGGCGCCCCGUGUGCCCGGACCUGGUGGACAAGUACCUGGAGGAGACGUCCAUCCGCUACGUCACCCCCCGCGCGCCCGGGGGGGCCCCGCCCGGCCUCGGCCACCCCCACAAAUCAGUGCCUGCCCCCCACCCGUCCCUGUGCUGCCCCCCGGGGGGGCCCCAGCUGGGCCCCAAGCGCCCGGGCCGGGCCCGGAGCCUCCUCGGGAGCCAACGGAAACGCAGGAAGUCAGCGACCCCCGACCCCAAGGAGAAACAGACCUGCGACAUCCGCCUGCGCGUGCGUGCCGAGUACUGCCAGCACGACUCCGCCCUGCACGGCAACGUCUUCUCCAACAAGCAGGACCCGCUGGAGCGCCAGUUCGAGCGCUUCAACCAGGCCAACACCAUCCUGAAAUCCCGGGAUUUGGGCUCCAUCAUCUGCGACAUCAAAUUCUCGGAGCUCACCUACCUCGACGCCUUCUGGCGGGAUUACAUCAACGGCUCCCUCCUGGAGGCCCUCAAGGGCGUCUUCAUCACGGACUCGCUCAAACAGGCCGUGGGCCACGAGGCCAUCAAGCUGCUGGUCAACGUGGACGAGGAGGAUUACGAGCUGGGCCGCCAGAAACUCCUCAGGAACUUGAUGCUCCACACGGCUCCCUGAGGGAUCCACCCCCAGUUUUUGGGGGUUUUUUUUUGGUUUUUUUUCCCGGGAUUUUUUGGUUUUUUUUUCCUCUUCCGCGGAGGUGCCCGCUCACGGAUUUGGGGAGGGGUGGAGGUGUGGGGGAUUCCGGGAGCUUUUUGGGGGUCCUGAUGGGUUCUCCUUGUGUUUUCCCUCCUGUUUUUUCUUUUGUAUCCAUUAAAAAUGGUGAUGAAAAGGCAAAAAUCCCAUUGGUGCGACACGCUGGGAUUUGGGGAUUGGGGGUGUGGAAUAUUCCGGAAUUCCUCACUUUUCCCUGUCAGUUCCUCCUUGUGUUUUCCAUGUUUUCUCCCUGUUUUCUUUUUUAUCCAUUAAAAAUGGUGAGAAAAAGGCAAAAAUCCCA